GUCAUUGCUAGCAGGUGAAUUAAAAAUGCUUUUUAAUGGAUUAAUAGAAAGCUCUCAAAGUUUUUGUUGUGUUAAUGUUUAGAUUCUGGAAAUGAAAAAUUGGGUAGCAGCACCUCCAAGUAACACAAAAAUAAAGUGAAAUUAGCUUUCUUUUUCUCGUAGUUGUCAAACUUGAUUUAGAGACUAAUUUCAAAAGUCAAAUUUCAACUGAUCCUGUUCUUGCACAAGCACACCUAUCUUCAACACUUCACCAUAAUCAUGUAUUGCUUUCCAUGUCUUAAAAGCCCUCCCUUUUAUCUCUCUUGAUGAAACCUCAAAAAACCUGCUUCAAUGGAAACCAAAACACUUCUUUUGCUCUCCCUGACAAUGCUCUCUCCCGUCUCCUUCUCCACCUCUUUCACUCCUACGGAUAACUACCUUAUCAACUGUGGUUCAAACACCAACACCUCUUUCAUUCCUACAGAUAGCAGAAUUUUUGGAGCUGAUUCCACUUCACAAGGUUCAAUCUUUCCCUCUAAAGGCCAGUCCAUUUCACCCAAGAACCAAAACCCAUCUCCAAAUUCACCAACUUUGUACAACACAGCUAGAGUUUUCACUACUGCUUCAAGCUACAAGUUCAGUGUUGAGAGAAACCGGACCCACUUUGUACGUUUACAUUUCUCUCCGUUUAAAGCGCAAGGCUUUGAUUUAUCUACCGCAAAGUUUAGUGUUUUAGUUAAUGGGAAUUUGUUGUUGAGUGAUUUUAGUACCAAAGUUGUUGUGCUUAAAGAGUACGUAUUUAGAGUUGAUAGUAAUGCUCUUGAAAUUUUGUUUAGUCCUGUUUGUAAAUCAAGUUUUGGAUUUGUGAAUGCAAUUGAAGUGUUUUCAGCUCCUAAGGAUUUUAUUCUUGAUGAGGGAGCUAAAUUGGUUAGUGCUAAUGGAAUUGAAGUGUACAAGAAUCUUUCUUCACACGUUUUAGAGACAAUUCAUAGGAUUAAUGUUGGAGGUUCAAAAUUGGUGCCUUUUAAUGAUACUGUGUGGAGAACUUGGAUUCCUGAUGAGGACUUUCUUGUUUUGAAAUCUGCUGCGAAACGUGCAGUUACUGCUAGUGCUCCUAAUUAUCAGAUUGGGGGUGCUAGUAGGGAGAUUGCGCCUGAAAAUGUAUAUAUGACUGCACAGCAGUUGAAUAAGGAUAAUAACUCAAUUCAGUCGAGAUUUAACAUCACAUGGGAUUUUCCAGUGGGAUCUGUCGGGGUUCGGCACUUGGUUCGAUUACAUUUCUGUGAUAUUGUCAGUGCUUCACUUAAUCAGUUGUACUUUGAUGUGUACCUAAACGAGUACUCCGCGGAAAGUGAUUUUGAUUUGUCAUCCCUUACAUUCCAUGUACUUUCAUCUCCAAUGUAUGUAGACUAUAUUGUGGAUUCUAAUGAUUUAGGGGCUGUGCGUGUUAGUGUUGGACCUUCGGCCAUUAGUGGUCUUUUGAGAGUCAAUGCUAUUUUGAAUGGGGUGGAGAUCAUGAAGAUGAUAAAUCCUUCUGGUUCACAAAGUGGUCCCAAGAAGAGAGCUGUUUGGAUUGCGGUGGGUUCGAGUAUAGGAGGCUUUGUUGUUCUGUGUUUGAUUGUCUUUGUAGUAACACUUUCUUGUAAAUGCAAGAAGAAGAAACCCAAACCAAGACGAUUAGAAAGUGCAGGUUGGGCAACUUUAUGUGUAUAUGGAGGUAGUACUCAUGGUAGAAUGUCAGAAGUGACUGUGAAUGAAUAUCGCAGCUUGAAGAUCCCUUUUGCUGACAUACAGUUGGCGACCAACAAUUUUGAUAACAGUCUGAAAAUUGGUUCGGGGGGAUUUGGUACUGUUUUCAAAGGUGUUCUUAAAGACAACACAAAGGUUGCUGUAAAGAGGGGUGCGCCAGGAUCCAGGCAAGGGCUCCCUGAAUUCCAAACUGAAAUAACAGUUUUGUCGAAGAUACGCCACCACCAUCUUGUUUCCCUCAUUGGGUAUUGUGAAGAACAGUCAGAAAUGAUCCUUGUCUAUGAGUACAUGGAAAAAGGUCCAUUGAAGGAACACUUGUAUGGCCCGGGAUGUUCUCAUCUGUCCUGGAAGCAAAGGCUUGAAAUUUGCGUUGGUGCAGCAAGAGGAAUUCACUACCUGCAUACAGGUUCUGCUCGAGGCAUUAUCCAUCGUGACAUCAAGUCUACAAAUAUUUUGCUAGAUGAAAAUUACGCAUCCAAGGUUGCUGAUUUCGGUCUUUCACGAUCAGGCCCAUGUCUGGACGAGACUCAUGUAAGUACUGGUGUAAAAGGCAGUUUUGGAUAUCUUGAUCCAGAGUACUUCCGAAGACAGCAGCUUACUGACAAAUCAGAUGUUUAUUCAUUUGGAGUGGUGCUUUUGGAAGUUCUUUGUGCGAGGCCUGCAGUUGAUCCCUUACUUGCUACGGAGCAGGUGAAUUUAGCAGAAUGGGCAAUGCAAUGGCAGAAGAGGGGCAUGCUCGAUCAAAUUAUCGAUCCUCAUCUCGCGGGACAGAUAAAGCAAAAUUCUUUGAAGAAAUUUGGAGAGACAGCAGAGAAAUGUGUGGCUGACUAUGGUGUCGAUAGGCCAAGCAUGGGCGAUGUAUUAUGGAAUUUGGAGCACGCAUUUCAGCUUCAAGAAUCUGAUUCUGAACCAUCAAGAGAACCACGCGAAGACAGCAAUGUGAAUGCACCGGAGCUCCCAUCACCUAGAAUAGCUCCCCAAGAUCCAUCAAAUGACUCUGAGACUGAAACAGACAGUGGUGAUGGUACCUCAGAGAUUAAAAACAGCCAAGUUUUUUCACAGUUGAUGACCAAUGAUGGCAGAUAGUUUUCUUCACUCUUACCUUAACUUAAACAGUCUACAUUGCGGGGGCAGUUUCAAAGCCACUGCAUUGUAUCAUGUCUCAGGACUUGUCCUCGGCAUCAUUCCCUAGGUGCACCAGAGACGCCUCCUCUCACCAACUUUUUUUUUCCUUCGCUACUUUGAAGAUGUAUUUUAUCUUCAUUUACAUAGUGAAUAUGAUUGUAAGUGUUUCAAACAUAUCUAGUUUAUAUAUCCUGUCCCUUGAGAUGUAGCA